GUCCAGGCGCGGACAGUCCCAGGCUGGCCCGCUCCGCGGGGCGAUCGCACAGAUGGCGGCGCUGGCGACAAUAGCCAAGAAGGUGUGGAGCGCGCGGCGGCUGCUGGUGCUGCUGUUCACGCCGCUCGCGCUGCUGCCGGUGGUCUUCGCCCUCCCGCCCAAGGAAGGCCGCUGCCUAUUCGUCAUCCUGCUCAUGGCAGUGUACUGGUGCACAGAGGCCCUGCCCCUCUCAGUGACAGCCCUGCUGCCCAUCAUCCUCUUCCCCUUCUUGGGCAUCCUGCCUUCCAACAAGGUCUGCUCCCAGUACUUCCUGGACACCAACUUCCUCUUCCUCAGCGGUCUGAUCAUGGCCAGUGCCAUCGAGGAAUGGAACCUGCACCGGAGAAUUGCCCUCAAGGUCCUGAUGUUCAUUGGGGUCCAGCCGGCCAGACUCAUCCUGGGGAUGAUGGUGACCACCUCCUUUCUGUCCAUGUGGCUGAGCAACACCGCCUCCACCGCCAUGAUGCUGCCCAUCGCCAACGCCAUCCUGAAGAGCCUCUUUGGCCAGAAGGAGGCUCGGAAGGACCUCAGCUGGGACAGCGAAGAGAAUGCAGCUGCUGUGCGAAAAAACGGCCUGCACACUGUGCCCACGGAGAUGCAAUUUAUUGCCGGCACAGAAGACAAAGACUGUCCUGAGGAGGCGGAGGCUCCAAUGGAUCUUCAGGCCAACUCCAGGAAGGAGGAGGAAUAUCGCAGGAAUAUCUGGAAGGGGUUCCUCAUCUCCAUUCCUUACUCGGCCAGCAUCGGGGGCACUGCCACCCUCACGGGCACAGCCCCCAACCUCAUCCUGCUUGGCCAGCUCAAGAGUUUCUUCCCACAGUGCGACGUAGUGAAUUUCGGCUCCUGGUUCAUCUUCGCCUUCCCUCUCAUGCUGCUGUUCCUGUUGGUGGGCUGGCUCUGGAUCUCCUUCCUGUAUGGCGGGAUAACCCUGAGAAGCUGGAGAAAAAAGAAAUCUGAGCUCAGAACUGAUGCAGAAAAUAGGGCUCGAGCCCUGAUUCAAGAGGAAUUCCAGAACCUGGGGCCCAUCAGGUUUGCUGAACAGGCCGUGUUCAUCCUUUUCUGCAUGUUCGCCAUCCUCCUCUUCUCUCGGGACCCGAAGUUCAUCCCUGGCUGGGCCAGCCUCUUCACCCCCGGGUUUAUUUCUGAUGCUGUCACCGGAGUGUCCAUUGUCACCAUCUUGUUCUUCUUCCCGUGCCAAAGGCCAUCUCUCAAGUGGUGGUUGGACUUUAAAGCUCCCAACACAGAGACAGCGCCCUUGCUGACGUGGAAGAAGGCUCAGGACAUGGUGCCCUGGAACAUCAUCCUCCUCCUGGGAGGGGGCUUCGCCAUGGCCAAAGGCUGCGAGGAGUCCGGGCUGUCCGCGUGGAUUGGCAGGCAGUUGCACCCCCUGGAGAACGUGCCGCCGGUGCUGGCCGUGCUGCUCAUCACUGUGGUCGUCGCCUUCUUCACCGAGUUUGCCAGCAACACGGCCACCAUCAUCAUCUUUCUCCCUGUCCUGGCGGAGCUGGCCAUCCGUCUGAGGGUGCACCCCCUGUAUCUGAUGAUCCCUGCCACCGUCGGCUGCUCCUACGCCUUCAUGCUCCCGGUCUCAACGCCCCCCAACUCAAUCGCCUUCGCCUCUGGACACUUGCUAGUCAGAGACAUGGUGCGGACAGGACUCCUGAUGAACCUGAUGGGUGUCCUGCUGCUCAGCCUGGCCAUGAAUACUUGGGCACAAUCCAUCUUCCAGCUGGGCACCUUCCCGGACUGGGCCGACAUCCACUUAGCCAACGUCACAGCGUUGCCACCCACCUCGGCCAAUGACACAUCUCAGACCCUCUGAGUCCCCCUCAGGGACUCUCUUGGGGCUGGGCCCUCCCAGAAGGUUUCACUCUCAUCUGCUGCUAGGACCCUACAGGGCGAUCAGGCAGUUGUUCUCUGUGACCCAGGAUACAGCAAGCAAGGCUGACCUCCAGUGGUCCACUUGGGUCCGCAGUCUCGUUAUCUAGGAUACCUUCUCUUUUCUCAUGCAGUUCAGGGCCCAGCUACCUCCCGGAUCUGCUGCCUGAGAAACAGGCUCCUUUAUCUCUGAGCUGUGCUGUGGUUAGGAUGCAAGAAAGCCUGCUUUCAGCAGCAAUAAGCACAUCUGGAAGGGCAUUUGUCUUGGAGAGUCAGGAUGGGAGGCACAGCUAACACGGACAAGCUAGGUUACACUCUGGAGAGACCAUCGUGCCUUGGGGAAUCCUCUUCCUUCAAGAGACUUUGGGCUGCAGUGUCCGAGCCCAGCUCCCAGCUCUUCACAGCCGGUGUGUUCUGCUUGGGGUGGGGGUGGGGGGUCGUUCUGUGCCAGUCAUUUGAAUAUCACCCCUCUGAUACCCAGCAGCCAGGGUUCGUGUCAAUCCCUGGAGGGACGCAUGACUCCCAAGGACACAGAGACCACACAAAGCCUCCUUGCUGCUUCUCUGGGCUUCUGAGCACACAAGGGGCGUUCUAUUCCUUUCUACCCAAACUCGUUAGGACUUUCCUAUUUAAUCUGAUCCAGUGUGGUCACAAUUCUGGGGUCAAGCCAGGUCUGGGCCCUGCUCUCUCACAGGUGACCUAUGGCCCCUCCACCCAGGCUUCUCCUGCAUGUGGCCCGCAGGUCCUUUGUGGCUGCCGGCUUCUUCUUGUUCCGGGAGCUGGUCUUUACUUCCCCGCCCCACUCCACCUGGAAGCAUGUUUGAUUAGCAAAGGCCAAGAAAGAAAGAGAAGUCAAAAGAUAAACUGGGGCCUUAUGAAAGGCCAGGUCAAACAUCUCAGGCAGGGAUAGGCCAUAAUCCUCUUUGACAGGUGAGGACGAGUUCUCCUGAGCCAGUGGCUGGCCGGGCCUGUCCUAAAGGACUGGAUCCCUCCUUGUUUCAAGCAGGAACAUCGCAGCAUCCCCAGUGCCUAGCCCAGUUUGGAUCCAACGGGUGCUCAGGAAAUGUCUGUGGGAUCAGUGGCCAGGCAUUAGCCCAGCAUCAGAAAAGGUGCCAGUUGAGGCCCAGGACCCUCACUUCCCCCCUUCUCACCCCUCUGAGGGCUGAGGUUCCCCCUGCAGCUCAGGCUGGGAGGGCAGCUCCAGGGACUGAUCUUGUUCUUGGAACAGCACAGGUGAGUUGUGGGUGUUUCCCUGGGAGCAUCAGGGAAGAGAGGGGGUAGCUCCCCAUCCUUCCUAUGGGGGCACUUCAACGUUUAGUCACAGUUAUGCCCAUGGGGCGGGGGUGCAUUCCUGUAGGAUGGGGGCACGGAGUUCACUCACAGGGAGACCCAAGGAGCUUGUAACUAGAUGAAUCAUGGUUUCAAAUACUUCUGAUUGAAAACUGCUAUAAAAUAAAGAAUGUUAAAUCCA